CUAUGACAUCAGUGGAAAGAGGAGCGAGUGCGUUCUAAUCCGAAGCUGUUUCUUCACAAACACUAACGCGGACGGAGAGCUGAGCUACGGCUGGGUGCGAGGUUUUUAAUUGUACCGUGGUGUCCGUUUGUCCUGAAGAGAGAGGGCACUCCAGUGGGAGCUGCCUGAAUGCACAAGGCACCGAAGAUCUCAGUGUACCACCCUGCUCCGUUGAUUCACCUUUGCCGGCCAGGGAACAAGACAGGCCAAUUCAGAAAGGAGAGAGGAACAAACUGGAGCAGCUCGGCUCAGUCGUGGAACCAAGAGAAUUCAGCUGCGGGAAUACAGGGCAUUAAGCAGAGAGCAAGCCCUCUGAAAGGGCCGAGGAUGUUCAGAGGACAUAUUUUCUAGGUUGUUUUCUUGAUUUUAUAUUUUAAACUCCUAUAGAAAUUGACAUUUACAGCUUUAUUUAUUUCUUUUUAGAAAAUAGGAACUUUUCACUAACUGUGUACAUUUAAGAUCUUUAGUAUUGUGGAUAAAGCACGUUUAUGUAAUUGUUUGCUAAUCAGCCUAUUUGACUGUUACGAGAACAAACUUGUAGGACGGCAAGGGGAUUUUUCAGUUUCUCUUUCCCUUCCGUCAGCCUUGUUCUGUGAAGGUUAUCUUUCCGUCAAUUGUUUUAUUGCUUGUUCCUGGUUGAGUGCAAAAGGAAGGUAUGACUGUAUGACUGGAAUCUUUUGACCAGUGUUAUUAACUGGAAUUUGUGUCAUUCAGGACAAAUUGUUUUGGGUUUUUUGUUUUUGUUGGAAUUUUUUUCUAUCUCAAGUACGUAUGUGCUUUUGAGGAAGGGGGCUUUGUUGGACUGACUGACAUUACAGGUCUAGCACAACUUUGUGUAGGACAGUUCUGCCUCAGACUCCGUGAGCCUUACAAAGACACAAGGUAAAAGACUCAUCAGGUCAUCCCUGGGCAAUGGGAUCAGAAAAAGACUCUGAAUCACCCCAUUCUUCUGUCAGUGGCAUUCCCAAUCCCAAAUGUCGUGGGCCGGGCAAGAAGCAGGGCAGGAUCUCUUUCUCCAGCCUCUUCCACAGUAAACGGGGUUCUAAGGGGAGCAAAGCUAGUGCGGGUGCUCCUUUAGCCCAGCAGCUUCACCAACAGCAACAACUCCAGCAGCAGCUGCUUCUUCAGCCUCCUACGCCUACUGCUGCAUCCCCGGACCCCCCAGCCACCAGCGACUCAGCUGAGCCGUUGUCCUCCAGCCAGGCUUCCCUGGGUGGACAGGAUCUUCUGGAGUGCCCGCUGUGCCUGGUACGGCAGCCCCGAGAUCAGCUGGCUGAGCUGCAGGGCUGUAGUCACCGUUCCUGCCUCUGCUGCCUGCGCCAGUACCUGCGCAUUGAGAUUACGGAGAGCCGGGUGCAGCUCAGCUGCCCAGAGUGUGCCGAGAGACUGGCCCCUAGGCAGGUGGCCCUCAUCUUGGAUGAUGCUGCACUUCUGGAGAAGUAUGAGGAGUUUCUGCUGAGGCGCUGCCUUGCCUCGGACCCAGACUGCCGCUGGUGCCCUGCCCCGGACUGCGGGUUUGCAGUCAUUGCCUCAGGUUGUGCCAGCUGCCCCAGACUGGUGUGCCGCAGGGAAGGGUGCGGCGCUGAGUUCUGCUAUCACUGCAAGCAGGCUUGGCACCCCAACCAGACGUGUGAUUCAGCCCGACAGCAGAGGGCACUCUCCCUGAGAACACACAGCAACCACUCGCCCAGUUACACGGCCGAGCAGGGCCCCACUGAUGACAUCAAGCCCUGUCCCCGAUGUGGAGCCUACAUCAUCAAGAUGAACGAUGGCAGCUGUAAUCACAUGACCUGCGCCGUGUGUGGCUGCGAGUUCUGCUGGCUCUGUAUGAAGGAAAUCUCUGACCUGCACUACCUCAGUCCAUCAGGUUGUACCUUCUGGGGAAAAAAGCCAUGGAGUCGCAAGAAGAAGAUUCUGUGGCAGCUGGGAACUCUGAUUGGUGCCCCAGUGGGCAUUACUCUAAUCGCUGGCAUUGCAGUGCCUGCCAUGGUUAUUGGCAUCCCAGUUUAUGUAGGACGCAAGAUAUAUGCCCACUAUGAAGGGAAGAAGACCUCUCAGCACAGGAGGAACCUGGCCAUAACAGGAGGCGUGGCCCUGUCUAUCAUCACAGCCCCGGUUAUUGCAGCUGUCAGUGUGGGUAUCGGUGUACCCAUCAUGCUGGCAUAUGUGUAUGGUGUGGUGCCAAUAUCCCUGUGCCGUGGUGGGGGCUGUGGGGUCAGCAGAGGGAAGGGACGAGGAGUCAGGAUUGACUUUGAUGAGGACGAUGGUCCUAUUACAGUUGCUGACGCAUGGCGAGCACUGAAGUCCCCUAGCCUUGGUGAAAGCAGUCUGGAAGGAGCGGCCAGUGGCCUCAGCACCACCUCACCAAGCGAAGGUCUCUCAGUGGCCCCUGGGGGCCUGGGGGACACACCUCACUUCAACACACUAGCCGGAGGAGCUCUUGGAGCCAAGACGGGAAAAUACAGCAGGCUGGAGGUUCAAGGUGCUGAGCUAGGAAAAGAAGGUACUCGCAGAGAGACUGGGAGCUUGGGAGCAGCCAGUGACUGUGCAAGCACUCGAGGCAUGGCAGGUUCCAUUACCUCCUCCUACACCUUGCCUGACAGGGAGGGCACAAACCUAGAGAUUCAGGUGGACAUUGAAACCAAACCCAGCCAUCUGUGUCUAACUAGCGAAGAGGAUCUGGCUCCACCCACUGCCGCCGUGGCACCCGGCUCAGGGGAGGAACCUCAGGACUGCAGCUCGCGCAGAGGCGGGAUUUUAUCCAGCUCAUCUUUGGGGCUGUCACCUGGGGGGUCACUCAGGGAGGGGCUUCGUGAUGUCACGCUGGCUCAGCCAGAGAGCAUCCGCAGUGACUUGGAGAUGUCCGACACGCAGUCGGACGACAUCGCCGAGCUCACAUCAGAUGACUGUGACUCCCCCCAUCCCAAGAGCUCCCGUCCUCCUCCCCUGCCCCAGCCCACCUGCCGAGCCUUGAACUCCACCGACGGCCUGCACUGUCCCGAUAACGUCAUCCUUUACGUGUGAGGGAUCUAAGAGCUCUCACUAUUGCACAGAUCUAGCUGUUUCUGAGCAUUUCAUUUAUGACAGCUUUUCACGUUAAUUUGCUGCUUUUUGUAACAAUUAAAACACCUUACAUUUCAGGCAGUUCGGUGGCAUGUGCCUGUCAGACUGCCUGUUGAUCUGUGUUCCUGUCUGUUUUGCCUAAGGAACUGGCAGGGCUCUACCUCUACAACUAUUCAUACUGUUAGUAAUUCAUAAAGUUGUUUGUUUACUUAUUGGUGCGACAAUGCCUUGGCUAUUUAAGCAAAAAAAAGAGAAAAAGGUUAAACCAUAGGUACUACCAUUACCACAAGAAUCCUUGUGAGGGGGCAAGGGAAACUAAUGCUACAGAGUGAAAUCAUCAAGCACACAUCUACGGUAGGGUUUAGACAGACUACGUUUUCUAUGUAUGUUGAAGUGUGUAUGUUUUACUUUCUUUCUACAUUCUUUUUUUUCUUUAUUUAUAACUAAAAUGAGCUGGAAAUUGUAUGAUUUGCUGUAUGCAUGUGUAUGCAUGACCUGCGCUUGUAUAUGAGGAUACAAGCCUAGUACGUAGUGGUUGCAUUGACCAAGUUUGCACAGUGAUGAGAUGUAAACGGACCUGCACAGAUGAUGGAGUUCAGUGAUGGAGGAGAGUCAUUGUUAAAGGAGAUCGAUCACUUUCUCAAGCAGAUAGAUUCACCCUGAUCACUGUCUGCCUGCCUUAGAGACAGCACUCAUGCUCUGUCCCUGUUCUUCACUGACUGACUGUCUGACUCACUGACAACACUGUCUGUGCCCACAUGUGUCUGCUAUGAGUGUAUGAGAGUGAAUGUGUCUUUUUAUUUGUUUGUAUUAAAUCAUAAAUGGCAUCAACAGAAAGGCAGACCAUGAGAUGCACUUUUUUUGGAACAUAACCCUGUAUUAUCAUGGACUCACUGCAAUGUGUUUGGACUUAUGCAUUUCUGAGUAAUAAACUGAAUUAAAUGGAUGGGCUUUCUGCACUUUAUAAUAUGAUUUGUUAGUGUUCUGCAAGUUAGUGUCUCUCUCUCGCCUUUCCCUCUUACCAUUCAUAUCUUAAUGGAUGAUGACUCAAUUUCUUUUAACUAUAUCCCUGUCGGAUGACAAAGCGUUUGAGUGUGUAUCAUACAUUUGCUAUGUCUGGAUGUAAUGAACUGUUGGAUCAUCUCUGUAUGCUUGUUUGAUCUCAGAGGCUGCAUUUUUGCUUACUAUUUUACUUUCAAUUAUAUGGGAGACCGUUCUUUGUAAUAUUGAUUAUUGAUAGUAUUGUGUGGUGAUCAUAAAAAGGGCCAUCUCUUAAGAUACCAGCCCUGGAAACAUGAUCCAAUCAAGCAUUUCUGCUUUUGUGAGGCAAUGUGCUGACCAUAACAAAGAAAAUAAACUGCUUGAAUUUGACAAUAAACAUGGCUAAAUUAAUACUGAAAUGAAACUCUA